AUGAGCAUCACAGAUGUCCUCAGCGCUGACGACAUUGCAGCAGCCCUGCAAGAGUGCCAAGAUCCAGAUACCUUUGAACCCCAAAAAUUCUUCCAGACAUCGGGCCUUGCUAAGAUGUCGGCCAGUCAGGUGAAGGAUGUUUUUCGUUUCAUAGACAACGACCAGAGUGGGUACCUGGAUGAAGAAGAGCUGAAGUUUUUCCUCCAGAAGUUUGAGAGUGGUGCUAGAGAACUGACCGAGUCAGAAACCAAGUCCUUGAUGGCAGCUGCAGACAAUGACGGAGAUGGGAAGAUCGGGGCUGAUGAGUUCCAGGAAAUGGUACAUUCUUAA